CGGCGAACUGCCGGACGAGCAGAACCAGAUUAAACACCACUUGGCCACAGCCACAGCCACAGCCACAGCCGCCGACCCAGAGGCACUUGCUCGCGCCAGCAUCCAGGCAACAUUGGCAGGCAGGUCAUCGGCAGUGGCCGCCAGGAGGCUGGGCGACAUAGCCCUGACAGCCGCAGCACUGAAGGGCGCGGUGCCAGCCUAUGCCUCUAGCAGCGAUGCGCAAGGAGAGCCCCAGCAGGCGGCCAUUCCCGAGGACCACAUCCUGUCGUUGCACAGCUAUGUCGAGCAGAAUAAAAAGGCGCCGCACAAGAAGUCUGUGCACUCUGGCCGCGACCAGCUCAACUUCCGCGUCAGCUUGCUAGACCGCAAGUUCUCUGCGACCAACCGAAAGUCGCGAUCGGCAUCAUUGCCCUGCCCAAAGCCAGCGAUGCCUGCUUCUGCUGCUACUGGUGACCCUGCGCAACCUUCUGCCCCGAGGUUCUCGGACCACGCCGUGGCGGGCAUUCUGCGUCCGCACGCCCGCAACAACAGCAGCAGCAACAACAACCGCACGCGGUCCUUCUACGAUUCGCCCCUGCUUGUACAGGCGCUGAUACAGUCAGGCCCAUCCUCUCCGGACAGCCAGUUGCCGCAGUGGCCGGUGAACGCCGCGCACACGGCGGAGCUCGGCAGUGCCGCUGUUGAAAACUUGGCCGAGCGGGCUCUGUUCAGCCAAUUGCUAGGCGAUGGUGCAGCGUUGACAUCGCCGGACAUUGGGACUGCUCGCAGACAAUCAAUUGCCUCAUCAGUGGUGCAGUCUGAGCCCCCGCUGUUUGACCUGGAGGUCGACACUGGCGAGAACGGCGUCCCGGAUUCUGUUCUGCGCGCCUAUCUUGCAGGCGACCUCACCGCAGUCGAACGGUUCUUUGAGCACAUCAUGUUGAUUACCGUGCCCUCUUCGAUCUAUGACGGAGAGGUUUCGGAAGACGGCGACUGGUUGUAUGGCCUUGAGGGCCCGCCGCCAGAGAUUAUCGCCCAAAGAAAUGCGGCUGCGGCAAAACUCAAUCGGCUGGAGCAGAAUAUUAACGAGUCAAGAGAGAUGCCUGGCAUGAUGGACGUCAGUGCGGAGGCGUCGCGGACAAUUGUCUCAAGCGUGAACCUGCCUGAGGCGCCGUCCAUGAGUACCGCCCACAAUUCCGCCCGCGUGUCGGAUUCUCAAAUUGCACAAGCGGCUGGAUCUUUGCUCGACAAGGUGCCCUCGCAAAUGUCUAUGCUCUCGGCCCAAAAUACACGCGCUCCACCCAAGGGCUCGCAGCAGGUGCAUCAAGGCAGGGCUUUCCCUUUGGCAGGCAGGGACACGGGUGAUUAUGCUAGCGACGAGGAUAUUGUUGUCGGUAAUAAGGUGCGGAAAAUUGCAGUGCCGCGCUCUCUUCUGCCGCGCGCUCAGCGCCUCAACCCCCAAGUCGAUGGUCAGAAUGGCCAUUCAGGCAGCAGACAGGAAAGCAUGGAGCUGGUUUCGUCACCUGCUGUGAGCACAGAUAUUGCCACUCAGCAGUGGAGGAGCAACGCCAGCACAUCGAUCACCAACUCUCAGCCGCUCCAACCCGCCGGUCUGGCGUUCGGGCACAGCAACACGCCCGUCCCUCUGCAAGCCUCUGCUGUUCGGUUUUCUCCGAGCAUCGUGACACCCGCAUCCGCCUCCGCUUUGCAAGCUCUUGAUGUUGUUCAGCCGCCCGCAUCGUAUGCCGAAACUGCGUCCUGUCUUAGUCCGGGCCGGAUGCCCGAAUUCAACCGAAGCCGAAGCCGCCAGCAGCAUUCCGAGGUCAGUCAUCGCAAGCCCAUCCCUAAACCAACCAUCGACCCUAAGAAGCGCGAGAAGAUGAUGCUCAUGGCUCGUCUGCGGGUGCUCGAGACCAUGGUCCAAAAGUCGGCCAUCGAGGAAUCUCGACUGCAGCCGCCUCCAGAAUUGCGGAGACCACAGCUUGUCGAUGACAUGGAGUCCAUGGCCUCUAUAUAUUCGUCAAGCGUGGUGGUGGAUUAUGGAAUAAACCAAAGGGAACCCAACCGCUCUGCUAUCCACCAGCACCCACAUGCUGAUGAUAGCCGUGUGUUUUUCAACGAGACGAGCGCUCAGGGUUACGAAAAUGGCCGUGCUGAGGUUCUGUACAAGCUCCGUCGCGGAUCACAGGUACGCGCUUUGUAUCCCUUGCGCGCCAGCAUCUUGAACAGGCAGUUUUCUGCCCCAGGCCAAGGCAAUGAGAGCGUGUCUGAAUACUACCAUCGCAGCAACAAUGCUUCCGGGGACAGGUCCGCGGAAGCUAUCGGUAUUGAUGUCGCUGACCAGGGGGUUUCCAGCAAUAGACCGCAUGUGUGCAACAUGCCGGUGCUGAGCGCACGCAGUCUGGUAGCGACCUUUUCCAAAGCCAGCCGGUUCCAGCGAACCAACAAAAUAUUGAUCUAAGUUAAACAUUUUUAAUUUAUGUUUCCUAUACACUAAAAAAAAGAAUGAGGCUAUAAGUACCC